GUGUCCGGGUGCCCAGCUGGGAAUGGCGAGUUUUGAGGUUCAGCAGCUCACAGAAGCUUGCGACAGGGGGCGGUCCCGAGAGGCGGGCCGAAGCCAAGGGCGUCGCAGGAGGUCCUGGUGCCGGAGCUCCCUCUGGGGACCGGAAGCCUGCACCGGAGCUACUGGAGGAAGCGGGGGCUGAGACCCUGACCAGGCUCAGGCCCCAAAUGGCGCAGUGGGAGAUGCUGCAGAAUCUUGACAGCCCAUUUCAGGAUCAGUUGCACCAGCUCUACUCUGAUUGCCUCCUGCCAGUGGACAUUCGGCAAUACUUGGCUGUCUGGAUUGAAGACCAGAACUGGCAGGAAGCUGCACUGGGCAAUGAUGAUUCCAAGGCUAAUAUGCUAUUCUUCCACUUCUUGGACCAACUGAACUAUGAGUGUGGCCGCUGCAGCCAGGACUGUGAGCGUUUUUUGUUACAGCACAACUUGCGAAAAUUCUGUCGGGACAUUCAGGCCUUUCCCCAGGGCCCUACCCAGUUGGCUGAGAUGAUCUUUAAUCUCCUUCUGGAAGAGAAAAGAAUUCUGACCCAGGCUCAGAGGGCUCAGAGGGCUCAGUUGGAGCAAGGAGAGCAAGCCCUUGAAGCACCCGGGGAGAGCCAGCAGCAUGAGAUUGAAACCCGGAUCCUGGAAUUAAGGACGAUGAUGGAGAAGCUGGUGAAAUCCAUCAGCCAACUGAAAGACCAGCAAGAUGUCUUCUGCUUCCGAUAUAAGACCCAGACCUCAGCGAGGACACCCUCUUUGGACCCCCAUCAGACCAGACAGCAGCAAAUUCUGCAGGAAACUCUCAAUGAACUGGACAAAAGGAGAAAGGAGGUGCUGGAUGCCUCCAAAGCUCUGCUAGGCCGAUUAACUACCCUGGUCGACCUGCUGCUGCCCAAGUUGGAGGAGUGGAAAGUCCAGCAGCAGAAAGCCUGCAUUGGAGCCCCACUGGAUGGAGGGUUGGAGCAGCUGGAGAAGUGGUUCACAGCUGGAGCAAAGCUGUUGUUUCACCUGAGGCAGCUGCUGAAGGAGCUGAAGGGGUUGAGUGGCAUGGUUAGCUAUCAGGACGACCCUCUGAAGAAUGGGGUGGACCUGAGGAAGGCCCAGGUCACAGAGCUGCUGCAGCGUCUGCUCCACAGAGCGUUGGUAGUGGAAACCCAGCCUUGUAUGCCUCAAACUCCCCAUCGACCCCUCAUCCUCAAGACGGGGAGCAAGUUCACUGUCCGAACAAGGCUGCUGGUGAGACUCCAGGAAGGCAAUGAGUCUCUGACCGCGGAAGUCUCCAUUGACAGGAAUCCUCCCGAAUCACAAGGCUUCCGGAAGUUCAACAUUCUGACCUCAAAACAGAAAACUUUGACCCCCGAGAAAGGGCAGAGUCAGGGCUUAAUUUGGGACUUCAACUAUCUGAAUCUGAUGGAGCAGCGUUCAGGUGGUUCAGGAAAGGGCAGCAAUAAGGGGCCACUGGGCGUGACAGAGGAACUGCACAUUAUCAGCUUCACAGUCAAAUACACCUAUCAGGGUCUGAAGCAGGAACUGAAAACGGACACCCUCCCUGUGGUGAUUAUUUCUAACAUGAACCAACUCUCAAUUGCUUGGGCUUCAGUUCUGUGGUUCAAUCUGCUCAGCUCAGACCCCCAGAAUCAGCUGUUCUUCUCCGGCCCCCCCAAGGCCCCCUGGAGCUUGCUGGGCCCCGCUCUUAGCUGGCAGUUCUCCUCCUACAUUGGCCGAGGCCUCGACCCAGACCAGCUCGGCAUGCUGAGGGAUAAGCUGUUUGGGCAUCACUCCAGGACUGAGGAUGCAUUUUUGUCCUGGGCUGACUUCACUAAGCGAGAGAGCCCCCCUGGCAAGCUACCGUUCUGGACGUGGCUUGACAAGAUUCUGGACCUGGUCCAUGACCACCUGAAGGAUCUCUGGAAAGAUGGACGCAUCAUGGGCUUUGUGAGCCGAAGCCAGGAGCGCCGGCUGCUGAAGAAGACCAUCUCUGGCACCUUUCUGCUGCGCUUCAGUGAAACAUCGGAAGGGGGCAUUACCUGCUCCUGGGUGGAGCACCAAGAUGAUGAUAAGGUGCUCAUAUACUCUGUGCAGCCCUUCACCAAGGAGGUGCUGCAGUCACUCCCGCUGACCAAAAUCAUCAGCCACUACCAGCUGCUCACCGAGGAGAACAUACCUGAGAACCCACUACGCUUCCUCUACCCCAGAAUCCCCCGGGAUGAGGCUUUUGGCUGCUACCAACAGGAGAAAGUUAAUCUCCAGGAACGGAAUAAAUACCUGAAGCAUAAGCUCAUUGUGGUCUCUAACAGACAGGUGGAUGAGCUGCAGCAACCGCCAGAGCUGAAGUUGGAGCCAGAACUGGAGUCAUUGGAGUUGGAUCUGGGGCUGGUACCAGGGACAGAGUCAGGGCUGGGCCUGGACUUGGAGCCGCUGCUGGAGACAGGGCUGGAUCUGGGGCCAGCCCUGGAGUCCCCUCUGGAGCCCGUGUUGGAGCCCACACUAAAUGAGGUGUCCCAGAGCGUCCCAGAGCCAAGCCCAGGACCCAGACUGAAAGAGGAGCCUCUUCUAGCGCGUAUUUCACAGCCAGUGCCAGAGCCGGAUUUGCCCCACGAUCUGAGACACUUGAACACUGAGGAAAUGGAAAUCUUCAGAAACAGUAUGAAGAUUGAUGAAAUCAUGCCAAAUGGUGACCCACUGUUGGCGAGCCAGAACAACAUGGACGAAACUUACAUCUUCCAAUCCAGCCAUUUCUACACGGAUGGGCCCCUGAUUCCUUCUGACUACUAGGAACUACGUUUCUUCUGUUAUUUCCAUAUGUUUUGCCUAUCCUACCCCUCACAUCAUGAGGAUGUGAAAUCAGGCAUGUGCCCCUUCAAAGCUGGAUUAACCCUGGGAUUUGGAAUGAGAGGUGGAAGCAUAAUAUGGGUAAGAAAGAGUCACCAAUGAAUCAGAACAGAUGUUGGCCAUAGUUCCAAGGAUCCUGGAGGCUGCCUGCUGUGCUGGGAGGUAUAGGGAUUCGGGGGCAGGCCAGGACAGUUCAGAGGUACUUGGAGGGCUCAGGGCAGUGGCUUUUUAGUACAGAAGGAUUUCAACAUUUUUGUAGCUGAUAAGGCUAACCUGGUGCACACUUCAUCUUCCUGGGAUGCCCUUUCUGCUCAGAACUUCUGAUCCUGUAGUGAUUGGGACUACUGUCUUUGGUGAAAUAUAUACUCUUGGCUAAGAAAGCAGGGAAGGAAACCCUGGGUCAGGGAGCAAGAGGGCCACACUUCGGAGCCCUGCUUCCUAAUCACAACCUUCUGUGAUCUCAUUCAACUUGCUUAGCCAUAUAGGGAUUAAGGCCAAAAAGAUCCCAUUUACUCUACAUCCCAGGGAGUCAUGAGGAAAGAUCCCUCUCCACCAUAGCCCUGCAGAGUAGAAGGCUAUAUUUUGUAGUGCUUUGGCCCUGUUUUUCCAUUUUUUCUUUUUCCCAACAAGCCUAGAAAGUAGACUCAGCUAUCCACAUAAAUAAGUCUUUAUUGAAAAAAGUACAUAAUUCAUUAUAAAUAUAAUAAAUAAUCCUCCUCCCCAAACCACUACGAGGAUAAAUAAUCCCCAAAUUUCCCUUCCCAUGUAAUAAAUAUUCAACCUUGUCCUAAGGCAGCAUCGUAAGUCAGUCAGUAUUGGUAAUUUUUCAACAGAGCAAGUCCCCAUAAAAUUACUAAACUGAUUAACUUGUGGGCUCACAGGUGUCUAAGCUGAUAGAUUCGUUGUAGCAUUGCUGAGCCAUGGAGGUCUGGGUGCCACCCUUAAGCUGUUGGAUUUAGGGGCUCAGGGUUGCUGCUCCAUGGGCAAAGACCCGGGCAGCUACAGCCACAAAGGCCUGGAGGCUGCGAAGGAUCUUGAGGCGGAGAAGAAGACGCUGCCACGGCUGGCUGGGACUGGGGCUUGGAGUCUGCUCAGUCUCCCAGUGGUGACCCUCAGGCUGAAAUGACACAGGACACAAUCAGAGAGGAUUCUAGAUCCUUCAACCCCCAGGCCCUGACACCUGCAAGCCCUCCCCACCCCAGAUCCCUAGCUCAUACCUGCAAGAGUUGCCUGAGGCCCAGCAAAGAGGCAUGAAGCUGGCCCACAGGGCCAUGGGGGAGCAGAGAAGCCUCCCCGGUGAAAAUGUCUGAGCCCAGCAGCUUCUCGUAAAAGACCAGGCCUUGGUGGAUCCUUUGCAAGCAGGACUGGACAGAAAAGAAAGCCAUGAAAAACACCAGAUACCUUCUAAUCACUCUAUUUACCGAAGACCCAUCUGAUGUUUGCCAUUCUUAGGCAUGGUUGACACCUGAAUAUUUGCGUCCUCACAGAAUUCAUAUGACCCCCAGCAUGAUGGCAUUAGGAGUUUGGACCUUUGGGAGAUAAUUAGGUCAUGAGAAUGGAGCCCUCAUGAAUUGGAUUAUUGCUCUUAUACAAGAGACCCACAGAACUCCCUAAUCCCUUCCACAAUGUGAGGAUACAUGAAGUCUGCAACCUGGAAGAGGGCUCUCACUCAGCCAUGCAGGUACCCUGAUCUCAGACUUUCAGUCUCUAGAACUGUGAGAAAUAAAUGUCUCUUGUUUAUAAA